AGCGGAGCGGUGGCGGGUCUGCGCCCUCGGCCUUCCCCCUCCCACCCUUCUUCCUCAGCUUCCCGCUCCCUCCCCCGCCCGUCCUGCGCUGCCAGCAGGGACUGCUGCCCGGAGCUCUUCGGAGACCUCAGGUGGUGAAUACUUACUCUGUUGGGAAAUACAAGAGUACUUGUGAGCAGAAAGUAUGCCUCCCAAGUUCAAGCGCCACCUAAAUGACGAUGACGUCACUGGGUCUGUGAAAAGUGAGAGGAGAAAUCUUUUGGAAGAUGAUUCAGAUGAAGAAGAAGACUUUUUUCUACGGGGACCAUCUGGACCAAGAUUUGGACCUAGAAAUGAUAAAAUUAAGCAUGUUCAGAAUCAGGUGGAUGAAGUUAUUGAUGUAAUGCAAGAGAAUAUUACAAAGGUAAUUGAAAGAGGAGAGAGGCUAGAUGAACUACAGGACAAAUCAGAAAGCUUAUCGGAUAAUGCAACUGCUUUCAGCAACAGAUCCAAACAGCUUCGAAGGCAAAUGUGGUGGCGUGGAUGCAAAAUAAAAGCCAUCAUGGCUUUGGCUGCAGCUAUCCUUUUGCUAAUGAUUAUCACUCAGAUCAUCCUGCACUUGAAAAAAUGAAGUUUUACCACCAUCAAAACUAUCAUUAUUUAACAACAGUGAAGAUCAACAGAAAAUUUCAAGUAGCUUUGCUAAUGUUAGUUGAUGCCCAGUGAAAUCAGGUCACCACUGCCGUGCCUGAUGUGUGCCCUUGUGGUUUGUCUGUAACAGAAACCUCUUCCCUUGCAGCAGUUUGUGAUGAAUGGGUUCCUCCUCCAUCAUAACCCAGUGUUACUUGUGGUCUUUUGAUUCCUAACAAAAUUCACUGGGAAUUGUCCCAAAAUUUUAUAAACUGGGAAAUUUAUUGAUUAAGAGAAAGUCCAGUAUUGAUGAUGGAACAUUGUUUAAAAUGGAGAAAGGUAAUACGCAUGAGGUACAGAGGUACCUGCGAUGGUGUUCCUGUAGACUGUCAUUACAGUUUACUCCUGGGUUCUGUCUUAGAAAGUAAUGCUGGCAUUUUGAGAGCAGAAACCAGCACCUUUCUAUUCUGUAUAGCAUGUGAGUGCCCUGUAAAUGCGGACGCACACACAGGGUGAGACUCAGAUGUGACAAGAGCCUGACCUCUGUCCUUGUCACUUAACACCUGUUUUGUGUCAUGUCAGCACUGUAGCCCAAACAGACUUGUAUUUAUAUCUCAGAUAUGUUUUAUGGCUAGAAAAUAUGCAAGAAGUUUUUUUAGUGUUGAAAACAACUGUCAUGAGAUGUUCUUAGUUGUAUUGAGUGUUACUAAAUUAAGGACUGGACUACUAAUCAGAUUUUGUGUUCUUACAUAGAAAUGUUAUCAGUCAGUUUUACUUUUCUGUGAGUGAUAGUAAGAACAUGAGUCAGUCUAAACACUUGGGGGCGGGGGUUGUUUGCCAAAUAACAGCAUAAAGAUAAUGGCUCAGAAGAAGCAGGAAGGGGCCAUCUUAGUACAUGCAAAUGCACCCUCCCUUAGACUGACAGAGUCUCAGUCUGUCUUUUGUUUCUUGGUUUUUUUGGUUGGUUGGUUGGUUGGUUGGUUGGUUGGUUGGUUUUGAUUUUGAUUUUGAUUUUGAUUUUGGUUUUUUUGAGACAUGAUCUCACUGUGUGACCCAGACUGGCCUCAGAUGCACAGAGAGCCAUCAGCCUCCUAAGUGCUGGGAUUAGAGGUAUGUGCCACCACACCCUGCAGACUUUUUCUUUUUGAUCAAAGAAUUCCUGGGAUCAAGUGAUCUUUCCAACUUAGCCUCAGAAGUAGCUAAGACUACAUGUGAGUACCAGCAUGUGCAGAUGGGCCUUCUCUUUAAGCCUGCUGUUAGUCUCACUUGGAUAUUUAUUUUCAUAUGUCAAGCAGAAUAAGGGUGGAACACACUUUUAUUCUGUCUUGUUUUAUUUUACAAGGCUACUUAGAACAAGUGCAGGGAUGAGAAGAAAAGCAUUGCUAAUCCAGUUGGGAUAAGCUUAUAAAGCAAGGACCACACCAUGUUGUGUCUCUCAGCUCUCACAAGUCCCAGUGUGUGUGGCUGUGCUCCAGAAGUCACACUGUGCUGGUGGUGUCUAAGUGAGGGCUAAUUUCCAGUGUGUGCUGAGAGGAAACUUGAUUGAAGUAGGCAAACCUAUAGAUAAAGGGUUCUUAGGAUUUAGUAUAGAAAAAUUCUGGUUUUACAGUGUUGCAUUAGGUUCUUUUCACUUGAAAAGAUUAUAAAAUAAAAUCACAUAUUUUAAAGCUGUAAAUUGCAUAUGUCUGAGGAUUUAGUAAACUGUCAGAGAUCAAUCUAUAAGAAAAUUUAAACAUUGAUUUUAUAUCUUAGUUGUAUGUCAUUAUUUGAGAUCCUAUAAUCCCUAAUUUAACCAUUUCGGCAAGUGCCUUUGACAUUUAAGGAGUAUUAUGGGAGACGAGCAAAUGCAGGUGCCACACCCCAUUUCCUGGCUUCUCAAUUCCUCAUGACAGUAUAUGUUUUACAGUGCUACAAAGUUCAGUCCUUUGUGUUCAUAUGAUAUUGUAUUGUAGCCUUUCCAUAGUAAACAGCAAAAUAAACUUUUUUGCAGAAAAUGAAAAGUAA